CGUAGUAGUCCUGCGGCCGAGAGAAAAGCGCCCUUACCCGUCGUCCGCCUCGCGCCUCCUCAAAACCGUUUUCGCUUCUUGUUUCUUCUCCUAGCAAGAUGGCGGACCGUCGGCGGCAACGCGCCUCACAAGAUAGCAGCGAAGAGGACGAGUCCGACUCGCCGCCCGGCAGCGCCGCUCCUUCCCCACGCGGCCCUCACCGUCUCGGCCUGGCUGGCCCGGGUGCCGCUGGCGCCGGGAGCGGCCACGGUGAGGUCGAGAGUGCGGAGGCGGCCGCUGAGCCGCUGGCCGGGGGAGCCAGCCCGGCAGACUCGGAGUGUGAAAGCGAAGAUGGCAUAGAAGGAGAUGCUGUUCUCUCUGACUAUGAAAGUGCUGAAGAUUCUGAGGGUGAGGAGGGGGAAUACAGUGAGGAAGAAACAUCUAAAGUGGACCUGAAGCAGGACAGCAAUGACACUAAUGAGUUGGCAACAAAGACAGACAAAGGGGAUGAAAAAACAGAACCUAAAGGCACUGUGGCAGGCGAGAGGCAAAGCGGGGAUGGCCAGGAAAGCACUGAACCAACUGAAAAUAAAGUUGGCAAAAAAGUUCCCAAGCACCUGGACGAUGAUGAGGACCGCAAGAAUCCUGCAUACAUACCUCGCAAAGGUCUCUUCUUUGAACACGACCUUCGUGGGCAGACCCAGGAAGAAGAAGUCCGUCCUAAGGGUCGGCAGCGUAAGCUGUGGAAAGAUGAGGGGCGGUGGGAACAUGACAAGUUCCGAGAAGAUGAGCAAGCACCAAAAUCAAGGCAGGAGCUGAUUGCACUGUAUGGGUAUGAUAUCCGCUCAGCUCAUAACCCUGAUGACAUCAAGCCCAGGAGGAUGCGCAAACCAAGGUUUGGGAGUCCACCUCAGAGAGAGCCGAAUUGGGCUAAUGAGCGGCCUAGCAAGCCACCACGUCACCAAAGCCAUGACAGUACCCCUGUACCACCUCGGACAUUCAUCAACCGAAACUCUGCAGGGACAGGACGGAUGCCCCUGCCAAGGACUUUCCCUAGAACUGGCCAUAAAGAUACCCGUUCAAGCUACCAUGCUGUGGAUGUAAACAUUCAGCAUACGCCUCAUUUCGGCGAGCAGUCCAAGCGCGAGAGCAAUUACCGGAUCAGGCGCUCAGAGCCAGUUCCGGCAAGAGAGCCUUCUCCCGAGGCAGAAGUCGUACAUGUUCGAAGCAGCCCUGUCAAAAAGGAAGAGGGUCUUGCAGAAAGUCCAAUCGCUCCUGCAGAUGCUUUGCAGCCACCUCCCGAUAGGCCCAUAGAAAAGAAGUCCUAUUCGCGAGCAAGGAGAAGCCGGACCAAAGCAGGCGAGACAGGGAAAUUGGCAGAUGAAGUCCCACCACCGUUGGGGUUGACACCUGCACCACUAAAAACUGCAGAGGUUAUACCAUCUCCUUCGCCAGCAAAGACUGAGAAUUGGGAGGUACCUGUUGAAGCCAGUCUAGAUGAUCUCGAGCAAGACAUGACCCAGUUGAAUAUAACAGAACAGAACUGGAACCAAGGGCAGCCCCAGUUCAUUCAACCUCAGAGUAUUCCUAAUCAGAUGCAUAUUGGAGCAGCCCCACCUCCUCAGUUCAACCGGAUGGAAGAGAUGGGAGUCCAGGGAGGCCGUGCAAAGCGUUACUCGUCACAGCGCCAGAGGCCUGUCCCAGAGCCUGCUCCACCUGUGCACAUCAGUAUAAUGGAAGGACACUACUAUGACACACUACAGUUCCAGGGUCCAAUCUACACCCACGGUGAGAACCCUGCCCCACUGCCUCCCCAAGGGGUGAUUGUUCAGCCUGAAAUGCAUCUUCCCCAUCCAGGAUUACAUCCUCACCAGGCGCCUGCACCUUUGACUAAUCCCGGCUUGUAUCCUCCAGUCUCUCUGCCUCCUGGGCAGCAGCCCCCGCCCCCGCCCCCACCUCAGCAACUACUGGCACCCACUUACUUCUCCCCUGCUCCAGGAGUAAUGAAUUUUGGCAGUCCAGGUUACCCUUACCCUCCAGGAGCUCUCCCGCCACCCCCACCUCCUCAUCUCUAUCCCAACACUCAAGCCCAGUCUCAGGUGUACGGAGGGGUCACCUAUUACAACACUGUUCAGCAGCAAGUCCAGCCGAAGCCUUCUCCUCCCCGAAGAACCUCUCAGCCAGUCACCAUCAAGCCACCCCCUCCUGAGGACAACAGAAAUGAAAAAUCCUAAGAGAGGAACAACCCUUAAGGACUCUGCAUUUUGCUGGUUUCAGGAAAGUGUCAGAGCUGACAUCUGUGGCACGCAGAAGGCAUCUCCUAUGUGUGGAGCCUUUCCUUUUCCCUUGGUAUAGGCAAUGCAAGUAGAUGUGGCUGUUUCUGCUGUGCCAAACCGUGUCAGUAUUGAGACUGGGGCCAGGCUGUCCAUCAGAAGAGCACCAGCAAACUUGCAUCUCUUUGCAGUUUUUUUUCUCUUUUUAUGCCCCCCCAUGACAAAAAGACGACACAAACAUUGGAUGUAAGAUUCCUUUCUGAGUAUAUUAUGGGGCGGGGGUUUUUUUGGUGCUGAACUAAAAUUCCUGCUUCUUCCUUGUGUUCAGCUUCCCAUUUUGAAGAACUUGACUGCUUUUUUUCCUGCUCCGUUAAACUGUUGUUUGCUUUCCUUAAGUUGUGGGAUCUUGCUCUUCUUGGCUGUCCUUCUACCCCUGCCCCAUGAUAUGAUUUUAAAGUAAGUUAUAUUUUGUGUGUGCUCUUAGAUUCUUAGUUGAAAUUUAUCAAGGAAUCCUGGAAAGGACUGCUGAAUCAAAGGGCACCAGGCUUCUUUCCCCCACUACCCAGUUACCACUUUUUACUUUUGGUGAGUCAGACUGGGAUAGAAUAAGCUCCAGCAGCAGUUGUCUCGUUUCCCUCAGUUUGGCCCUUUUAACUACACCUUAAUUUCCCCUUCCUCAAAUUAAACAUGCUGGAAUAAAUCUGCAAGUGUGCGUGUUUGGCAAACAGAAGUAAGUGCAGUAAGUUUCUCUAAUCCAGUCCUGAUACAUUGUUUAGGAGGCAAAGGGGAGCGUCCUCCUUCCACUUGAAACAGUGUGGGUCCUUCUCCAAGCAAAGCUCUGCAAAUAGCUAGCUGGCUUGUUUGCCUCAUCACAGCUUAGAUUUUGCCUGCAAAGCUGCAUGGCUUCCACUGACUUUCCCACAAUUUGUACACUUUUUAAAGUUCAUUUUCAAAAGUACAUUAGGAAGGCAAAGUUCAAUUGACCAACUUUCAGCCCCAUGUGUUGGCUGAAGGAGAUAUCCAAGAUUGGACUCAGCCUAAAAGUUUCUAAGGCACCAUACUAGGCCUAUCUGCUUUUUCUGAAUAGUUGUUUCGUGCAUGUAUAGUUUCCUAACUUGAAGCACCAGGAAUGGUGAGCUUCCUUUGUUUAAAUUCAGUAAUUCUUUAACAUUUUAAUUUUGAACAAGUACAACUGGCAUUUUUAAGGAGAAAGUCCUCUAUGUUCUCAGUGUAUUUGUUUGUUCCUCUGCCUUAACGUUUGAAAUGUAUCCUUUAACAUAUCAGUCUUGAAAUUUUUAGACCUAACAACACUGUGAUAGCUAAUUUUUUGUUAAUAAAUAUUCUUGUUCCCGUUCUCAGAGUGCAUGUUUUGUAAAUGGCACUGUAAUUGCUUGCUGCAAAUGAUAUAAUAGAUGGUGUAAAUUA